CAAGUUAGCAAACAACACCUGAUGAAACUUAAUUUUCUUUUCUUUAUUUUUGAGUGUAAUAAAAUACUAGAAAUGCAAGAUAUAACCUAUAAGGGAAUAGUUUGUGCACUUCACAACGAACAUUCAACUAUUUUGGCAGGCUUAGCUGAGGCCACAUGAUCGAAUCAGAAGAAGACUGGAAAGAAAAUGAUGAGGGCAUUAUUUCAGGCAUCACAGAGUUUUCUUGUCCAACACCAUCCAUAUAUGAACAAGUCACUUGGUGGUUUUCGUUGGUGAACCAACUUUAAAACAGUUAAACACUCAUGGUUUUCUUCAAUAUAUUGAGAACUAGGAAUUUAUUUAUUUAGUUUUUUAUUUAUUUAUAAAACUUAAUAAUAAACCAAAUAUUAUCUGGUUUAUUGUUUAAGGCAAAAACACAAUAUUUAGUUGUUUUUUUAAACUAAAUUUCCAACCCCAAAAGUACGACAAUUCCAUCGGCAACGUGGAUAGUUGGAAGAAUAUAGCGGGAGCAGUUUCUAAAGUCCAAACCUUGGCUAUGCAUACGUGUCACGCUAGAAUAUCGACUCGGCAUAUUCCCGCGUCGACAAGUCGAAUGUUUGUUUGCGCUCUGCAACUGUGAAAACGAACGCAGUCGGGUGAGGAAGUUUUUGUAUUUAGCCAGUCGGCACAGCACACAAUUCUCUCUGUAUACGCAACCAACAGAAAACACACAAGGCAUCAACGCGUCCGUCCAAGAAGAAUGAGCGGGCCACUACAUCAAUCUCGAAUAGAUAUGGAAGUCAUAAGUUGUCAACGCGGGAAUACAAUUCCAGUUCUAGCCCCCGCGUAAUAACACACGGUGGUUGAAUCGAGGGGGUUGAAUGGUAACUAGGUUACGUGAAUACAUACCUGGACUAUAUAGGAACGAGUUCUUCUGGUUAUGUACCGCAGUUUCGUCGGGAUUAUUAUACCAAUAAACAUGUAGCUCAUGCUCUAGCCAAGUUACAGGGCUUGCGGCUUGAGCGUAGGCACUAAAAUGACAUCUCUUUUCAAAGUAAUCACGCAAUAUCGCAAGUCCGCCUAGUAGUUAUUCAACGGCAUCAUGCUAAUGUAGGCCUACUGCGUUACUAGAUUCGUCUAACCCGUCGUCCGUGUUGGCUCCGUAUAAUAUGUACCCGCAGGGAGAAAGGAAUGACCACGAAUUGUAAAAAUAUCUAUGUAAUUACAUAAACACAUAUAAGAACACAGUGAAGGGGGUUGGUGAGUGCGCCGAGUCCUUAGCCACACGAAAAAGAAACGGGAAAAAAAAAAUAAAAUAAAAAGAACACGCGGCGGCGGCUUUCACGACGACAUUGAGGGUGGCGAGGGUGUUUUGGGGUUGCCUAGGCAACGGACGACAGGGCCCGUGUCAUUCGACACUGUCCAACUGGCUGCACGAGCAGCGCUGAACUGCAGUGUCUGACGGAACUGACUACUGACUGGAACGGGGUGCGGUGCCCAACGAUGUUUUUGCUACGUUAAUUUGCGUCAUAUCCAUUGUUAUAGUUGCGUCGUUAUUUAGUGUGUAUCGUGUGUGAAGAAGAUCCCGACCGAAAUCUACUAGGCGUCCGAUAUGGGCAACUGCAAGGGAAAAGCAAACGAUCCACUCAACAAACAGAACAGCUCGGCUUUCGAUCGAGUGACAUCUCGCACUUCCACCGACGAUGAUUGCCUCCUCUACCAACUGGCCGAUUAUCAAAAAGGGGGCGAUCUCAUCCGAUACUUCACCAAAGAAGGACCCCGUGCCACAGAAGAGCUUCUCAAAGAACAAAUUCCGCUGUUACUUUACCGCAAAGGAGAGGGGCAAAUAGUCAGGAGAUCCGACUACCUCAAAUGGAAGUACCGCAACAAACGACACGUGGGCGUACCGGUCAGCGAAGACGUACCCGGAUGGAUGGACCAUCUCGCCUGUUGGAACUUUGAUUACCGCGGCUCAUUGGGCGAGUCCCUCUUGCAUGUCCUCAUCGUCUGCAACACGUCGAUCCACUGCAAACUGGCCAAACUGCUCAUCGUCCUGUUCCCGAAUUUGGCGCUGGAUGUCGUCGAGGGAAAUGAGUUUAGAGGAGCCAGUGCCCUCCACUUGGCCAUCGCCUACGACAGUUUAGAAGUAAUCAAAUUGUUAGUGGAAGCUGGUGCCGUCGUCGAACAACGUGCCGUAGGGACGUUCUUCUUGCCUCGUGACCAGCAGAGGGCCCGACCGAGCCGGACCACCGAUUACGAAGGCCUGGCUUACUUUGGUGAAUACCCCAUAUCGUGGGCGGCUUGUUGCAACAACGAGGCCGCCUACAAUUUGCUGAUUGAUCGAGGGGCCGAUCCCAACAGCCAAGAUUCUUUUGGCAAUAUGGUCCUACACAUGGUGGUGGUCUGCAACAAACUGGAAAUGUACGGUUACGCACUGAGACAUCCCCGCAUCCAGGCUAAAAUGGGCAUCGUCAACAAUGCCGGCCUAACUCCAUUGACACUCUCCUGUCACCUGGGUCGAGCCACCAUUUUUCGCGAAAUGUUGGAACUAACAGCCAAAGAAUUUUGGCGUUAUUCCAAUAUCACCUGCUCGGCUUAUCCGCUCAACGCUCUCGACACUAUCCUUCCGGACGGGCGCUGCAACAUGACUUCCGCCCUUAUGAUUAUCCUGAACGGAACUAAAGAGGAACAUUUGGACAUGCUGGACGGCGGCAUCAUUCAGCGGCUAUUGGAAGAGAAAUGGAAGACGUUCGCCCAGCGACAAUUUCUCAAACGUCUUGGCAUCCUCUUCUUCCACUUGUUGGUGCUCAGCAUCGCAGUGUACACCCGACCCAGACGUGACAGACCGCUCAUACCGGACGACUUCGACGCGUUGAACGCCAUGGAUAUCACACGUUUCUGUUUCGAGAUUAUCACGUGCCUCAGUUGCGUUGGCUACGUCGUCAUCCAGCAGAUCUCGGAAUUGAAGAAUGUCGGUCUCAGAGGAUUCCUCUACCAACUCUCUAACAAUCCGGCCAAGGCUAUUUUCCUGGCGUCUAAUUUCCUGACGCUGGCUUGCAUUCCGUGCCGAUUCUAUGGUAAUCGAGACGCCGAAGAAGCCAUCCUUAUCUUCGCCUUGCCAUCCGCCUGGUUCUUUCUCAUGUUUUUCGCCGGAGCUAUUCGACUGACUGGUCCAUUCGUCACGAUGAUUUAUAGCAUGAUCACUGGUGACAUGCUCACCUUCGCCAUUAUUUAUUCCAUCAUGCUUCUGGCCUUCUCUCAGGCCUUCUUCUUCCUCCAUCGCGGACAUCCCGAUAAGACUCUGUUUAGUAACUUUUUAUCCACCUGGAUGGGCCUAUUUCACUGGACUCUUGGCGACUACAAUUACAACUCACUGCAAGACACGGUUUACCCGGCUGUGACAACCACCGUGUUUGUCAUUUUCAUGAUUAUGGUUCCGAUAUUGCUGUUGAACAUGUUGAUCGCUAUGAUGGGUAACACCUACGCCCUGGUCAUUCAGCAGAGUGAGAAAGAAUGGGUGAAACAAUGGGCGAAGAUCGUCAUUGCCCUGGAAAGAGCCGUCAACCAAAUGAACUGCAAAGAGUAUUUGGUGACGUACAGCAUUAAAGUGUCGGGCGGGAGUGACGGUAGCGACGGGUCACCGCCCCAAGAAGAAGUACGAGGUGUCAUGGUCAUUAAAAGUAAGAAUAAAACAAGAGCUCGACAGAGGAAAGGUGCACUCAAUAAUUGGAAGAGAGUGGGUAAAAGGACGAUCAAGGAGCUUAAGCGUCGAGGUAUUACGGGCGAUCAAUUGCGCCGUCAAAUCUGGGAGCCUAAAACGCCAUCAACUACCUCCAUCAACGCCAGUCCGUGCGUCACUCCUAUACCUUGUCCACCAUCAGCUGCUAUGCUCCUAAUGGACGGCAUGAACGGCGGGGGUGGUCUGGGAGUCGAUGCAUUUACUUUCGGUGCUGCUUUCAAUGAUAUGUCCGGUUUCUCUGGUGGCGGUAGUAAUAACACCUCGGCUCCACCACCGAUCAAUCAAGAAGCAUUGAAUGCAGCUCUCCUCAACAAGCUGUCACUCAACUUGCCUUUCGAAGAUGUUUUCGAGUCUACCUGUACGGCUCCAGUAGCUGCUAUGUCGCCAUCAGUUCCGAUUCAAGCUCCAGCUCCAGCUCCAAUUCAAGUUCCAGCUCCAAUUCAAGUUCCAGCUCCAGUUCCAGCUCCAGUUCCAGCUCCAAUUCCAGCUCCAGUUCCAGCUCCAGUUCCAGCAGUUCCAACUCCAAUUCCAGCACAGUUCCAACUCCAAUUCAAGUUCCAGCUCCAGUUCAAGUUCCAGCUUCAGUUCAAGCUUCAGCCCCAGUUCCAGCCGUUCCAGAUCCAGUUCUAGCAGUUCCAGUUCCAGCAAUUCCAGUUCCAGUUCCAGCAGUUCCAGUUCC